AUGGCUGCUUCUAACAGUUGCUCAAUUCUCUUGUUGAUCACAGCAUUAUUGUCCUUUUCAAGCAUCACCACAAGUCAUGCUGCUCGCAGCUUACUGCAACUUCCCAACUUGCCUACAAUCCCUUCAUUGCCUCAACCAACAGUGCCACAAUUGCCCGCUAUUCCCAACUUGCCAGCAGCAGCCACAUUACCACCAUUGCCAAGUGCUGCGUCUUUGCCAACACUUCCAACACCUAAUUCACCAUUGCCUUCUCUGCCUACAUUGCCCUCUGUCUUCCCGAAAAUGACUCUGCCUCCAAUGCCAGCCAAUAUUCCUCUGCCGAACAUGCCAUCACUUCCAAACAUUCCCACAAUUCCAACCAUUCCUACCCUUUCACCACCUCCAUCCAACUAA